AUUUAUCAUUGCAUUAUGCUUAACAAGAAGGUUAAGGUUACUCUUGUACAGAUUGGGAGUGGUAGGAAGCAGAAGGCUGUCAGCUUGGUUGGGAGAGAUAAUAGAGGAAGGUAUAGCUGUAAGAAGAGUGAAGGGAGGAAAGGAGAUAUGGAAUGGGGAGUGAGGAAAAGUAGUUCUGGAAGAGGGAAGAAGAAGGAUUAUAGUUGGUGUAGGAGAGAUGGGUCCUAUACAGCAAGGUAUUUGGGAGGGAUGAAGAAUCAAAUUGAGUGUGGUUUGGGUGAUGUUUAUGGGAAAGUGGCUCAUAGAAAGUUAGGGUAUUCUACACCUGUUAAUUUGAGUAAAAGUCAGCAGGCUUCUUUGAAAAAAGAAAAAUAUAUUAAUUCAGAGAGAUCGAAAAAUGUAAAUUAUCAGACUAAGGGUAAAAGAUCAUGCAGAUCAAAGAGAAAAGAUACUUUGGAAAUAAAAAUAUUGGAGGGAGAUGAUGCUUUGAAUACUGAAAUUUCUCAGAAAAAAUCUGCUCUAAAUAGUUAUAUUAGCCAGUGUAGCAAACUUUCGAAAGUUGAAGGGAGUUAUAAAAAGAUUCCAACUAAGAAGAAGAACUAUAAAACUACAUGUGAACUUUCCUACAACACAACAACUUCCAAGAAUAGGCACUCUAAGCGCUCUCCAAAAGAAAGUAUUACUAAGUCUUUUGCUUCGAAUACCCAGUCUCUUUGGCAGAUGGAAGGAUUGAAAUAUUCGAAUAAAAUCAGGCCAAUACUUAUAUCUUCAAAACUCAAUAAAAAGAAGUCUGCGAGAACCUCUACAAAAAGAAGUCGGAAGGGAACAGCCACUAAUUUAGAGAAAAGUAAAAGCGUUGAUAAUUCUGAUAAUCUUCCUUGUAUUAUCUCGAAUCGCAAAGAAACUCCCAGCAAUAUAAAAAUUGAAGGGCAGUGUAGAACUAUCUCUAGUUCUGGAAGCCAUCAUGACAAGAAGAGAGAUCGUACUAGGGAAAGUCAUCAUUUUGAGAUUAAUUUGUAUGAAUUAGAUGCGAAGAUCAGACCCUGGAAGCCUAAACCAUGAAUCAGAGCAGGAAUUAAGCAGGGGAAGGAGAAGAUCAUUAAAACAGUUUCCUUUGCAGAGAAGCUUAUUGUUAACGAAGAUUCCUUAGAUUCAGAAAUGAUGGAGAGAAUACAUCAUAAUUUGGAGUACAAUGAUGAUAGGAUAUUCGAGAAUUUGAGCAUUUUUCAACAACUUUCUGGUGAAAAUUGUGAUGCCCAGCCAACAUCAGAAAACUCUCAGAAAGAUAAAGAUAAGCAAGGUUUAGAAACAAGUAAAGAUCAACCAGCUGUCGGAGAUUCGGGGAAUAAAGAUUAUACUGACAUCGAGCAGAAUCAAGGAAUUUUGAGCAGUUAUGAGGAAUCUGGGAUAAUAAAUGAGUCAAAAAGAGAGUGAACACAAAAAGAGCCAAUCUUUGAAUCACAAGUUUCAGCAAUCGAAAGGAUGGAAGAUACCAAGGAAGCCUACGAAAUUUCAAAAGGGUUCUCUAAUCUUGGCUUUGACAAAUGCGAAAAUCAAGAAAACAGCUCUGGAUUUAUAAAGUUAAACGAUAGUUUAAUAAAAAGUCGGGAGGUAUGGAAAGAUAAAAGUACAAAGAGAGAAUCCAUCAAGCAACUGAACAACAGCAAGAAUAAAGAUUGAUCCUUGCAAAAAUCCACUGAUCAAGUUGAUGAUUGUAUGACUAACAACAAACAAUCGCCCUCUUUGAUAGCACGUAAAGAAAUUUUAGAAGAGAAAAGCAAACCUUCAAAGGAUCUAAAUACGGAUCCUGAUAGGAUCAAAAAAAACUCUAGCCAGAUAAAUCGAGAAGUUGAUAUCCCAAACGAGAACUUCUUUGAAGAGAAGGGUAGCGAAAGUAUUAUUGAGAAAAAUGAUGAAGAGUCUAAAUUUGUAGAUGAAGAAUCUUACAGCAUGGUAUACCUAACAAAGCAGCAGAACAGCAACAACCCUCAGUUCUCGAUUAAACUUAACUGAGCAAAUGCAAAUUCUUCGGAGAACAAUACUAAAGAACUAUCAAUAAUUGAAGAUAUUGAAGACCGAAAUGAGAACAAUGACAUUCAGAAAAUAAAGUUAUAUCGUAGUAAAGAAAAGCAAGAUGAGGGUAAUUCAAUGAAUCAGAUCAAUUCCCAGAUUUUUAAGGGAGAGUCUACUAUCUCGUACAAUCAAGACCAAAGUAAGAUAGAGCUAUACCCUGAAAAGUCAGACACUAUUGGGCUGAUUCUUGAAGAAGAAUGUAAGAGCAAACCUGAAAAUCAGGAUAAUACAGCAGAGAAGUAUUCUGUACAGAAAGAGAUUAGUAAGAAAGCAAUUGAAUUUGGUUCGUUAAGCGAAAUCUUUGGGGAUAAAAUAGACUUUGAUAUGUCAACAAUCAAAGAGAUGGUAGAAUCUUGAGAAGUAGAUUCCUUUUAUUUUGCAAACUCAACAGCCAAAGAAAAUAAAUUAGAAAGUGGAUUAAAGUUCACACAAAGAGAAGACAAGCAGCAAAAUAAUUUUGAUAAAAUUAUUAAAUAUAUGAAAUAAAGAGGUUCUAAAGAUGGACACUAUAAAAAGAAGCGAAAAGAACCCAGAAAAACUUGCCAAUAUCCUCAAAAAUUUUAUCCAAAAUCUCAAAAAAAUCGAAAUUUCCCCCAAAUCCUCCCAAAACCCCCAAAAACUCCUCUCUAUAACCUCCCCUCAUCCCCCACUCCCCAAAGCCCCUCCAGUCCCCCAUUCCAAUCUCCACAACUCUCCUUCCAAACCCCAAAACCCUCACUCCCUUCCUUCCUCCCAGCCACAACUACCCAAUCCCUCAUUCUCUACUAAAAGUCCCUCCCAGGAGGCCCCAUUGGCCCAAUAUUUAGCAGCCACAGGAGCAAAAACAGUCUCACGAUAUCGGAAAGAUUUGUCAAGAAAAAUAAGGCAGAAUAAGAGUCAUAUGAGUGAGAAUUCUUCUCAUGAGACAUUCAAGAAGUACUGGUCUAAAUUUUUUGGACAGUAAUUUUAACAUUUUCAUAUCAAUUUUUAAGC